AUGAACUCCCAGCUUAAAAUUGCCACACUAACCUCGUGUUCCCCUUGCCAUGAUGACAUUGUAGACAAAUAAAGAUAAAAGCAAGAGCAGUAUUUGUGGGAAGUCAAUUUUGUCAACAACAAAACACAGGAGAGAAAUAGUGUAUUAGGAAAAUCAUUUUAUCUGAGCACAAACUCUGUUCUGUAAGAAAAAUACCUAGUAUAUGUGACUCAUAUGGAAUGAGUUUUGAAUUUUAUUUCAGAAGUAAUUAUUAGUAAUAGAAACUUCUUUGUAAGGAAGCUUGAUGAGUUUAAUGCACAUGGGAAAUUGCUCCUCUGAAAGCAGAAUUUUCAUUCUGGAGAGAAACCUUUCGAAUAUGACAAAAAUGGAAAAGCUAUUGUUCAGAAUGAGGACCUGUUUCAACAUCAGUAUAUUCAAACCCUGAAGCAGCUUUUUGAAUAUAAUGAAUGUGGGAAAGCCUUCCAUGAGGGAAAAGCCUCCAGUAAUAGGUCAGCUCUCACUGUACAUCAGAGAAUACAUACUGGGAAGAAACCUGAUGAAUGUAAGGAAUGUGGGAAAACUUUCUCCCAGAAGCCAAACUUCAUUAAUCAUCACAGAACUCACACAGGAGAGAAACCCUAUGAAUGUAAUGAAUGUGGAAAAUCCUCCGAAGUCAAAACUGAGAGAACAUCAGAGAACACACAUAGGAGAGUAACCUCAUAA